AUAUCACAUACCCAUCUUACAUGGUAUUCCCAAAUGCCAUAGGUGUUUUCUCUACUCUACCUCGUCCUCACCUGUGUACCUCUCUCUCUAUAUCUUUCCCCUAAUGACUUGUAUUUAUUAAGCUGUAUAUUUAACGAGCCCGUGUUAAGGAUACGCCUGUGUCACCUGCCACCGCGAUCCUGCGAAGCUAGACGACAUUCUCUUUUUGGUUCCAGUCCUUCAACAGCAAUUCGACCGGCCUCUGUUUAGAAGUUCGCCUUCCUUCCUUCAUUAAGCAUAUCAUUGUCGGUCAGAUCUCCUGAGAGAUUCCCCAUAGAUUCAUUGGCUGCGCCGACAGGCAGUCUUGUUUAAUAGACGAAAUACCUUCUGCCACUUCUACAUUCGCACUCGAGUGUGCUAAUUACAAUGUCAUCAACAACAACUGAACUAGGACCACUGGUGCGUCGUUGGGGUCUGCCUGUGAAACAGCUUCCCUCAGCCACAGCCGGGCCAGACGAGCUAAAGCCCUUCUUCGCGUCAAUCCUGAAGGAAGCUCUUCCCUUCAUCGACUCCGCGGCCCCGAAGACGUCGUCGGACGCCAAGAAACUCUGGAAAUCAAAGGGUGCCAAGUCCAGCCCGGACUCGGAUGCCAGUGUCGACGUCUUGGAACGUCGCAUCUCUGCCAAGGAGCUACAGGCCAUCGCCUCCAAGCAUGGCAUCAAGGCCGAUAUCGAGGAGGAGACAUGGGCCACCCGUUUGAGCGUACAUGAAGAUGCGGCGAAAAAGGGCACGGCGUCCUGGGAUGAAUUCGAACAUUCUUUCCGUCUGGAGCACGCUAAGACCGAGAUGGCUUUCACGCCCAACGUGAUUGCUGCGAACGAGGCCCAGCGAUGGGACUGCGCUGGUAUCGAGCUGGAAGAAGGCGGUCAGUCGUGGGAUAGGUUUCAGCUCGUCGUCGAGGAGAUGCGCCACAAGGUCGGUCGACCGUUCCUCAAGGACCGCACAUUCCCCGUGCUCCAACUCUCGUGUGCCGUGAAAGACGGCACCGGCGCAUCACCCGAAUUCGUCAUCGUCAGCAUCCCCGUGCCAGACUUCGCGACAAGCGACAAAGCCAACCUCUCGAAAGAGAAAGGCGCCUUGAUCGCGUUCUACGUCAGCAUCGAGCGCAUCCGCAAGCUUGACAACGGGAAGAUCGAGUGGCUGCUUGGAACGGCUAGCGAUGCUGCUGGUGUCCUGCCCCUGUGGAUCCAGGAUAUAGCCCUGCUGGGCAUCGUGUGGAAGGAUGUGCCUAUGUUCCUGGGCUGGAUCGCGAAGGAGAGAGGGAAAUCGGAUGGAAAGGCUAUGACUUCUGAUGCCAAGGAGACGGAACAGACGCCCCAGGUCACGACUGGUGUUGAAACGGGCCCUACCCCGGCGGUCACUGGGCCUGGUGCUGAGACUACGACGGGCAGCGAAGCUGUGGUGGAGGAAUCGAACGCCGAAGCAACGACCGAGGGUACCGAGACGACUACGAAGGCGUGAGCGUUGUCACCUCCGUACUGAUGGAUUGAUGGACUGGUUGGUGGCUAUCUACGCUCCAUGCAAUAGAAGUUGGUAUGGUUCAUGUCGAGACAUUGUAUGUCGUCGCCGACUCGUCAUGGGAUUUACUUCUUCCCCCCCGGGGAAGAUCCAUCCUCAUACAUACAUACAUACAUACAUAACGGAACGACGCAGAUUUAAUUUUCUUUGUGCUUCUUUCGAGGAAAGGAAAAGAUUCGGAUUUGAACCGACUGCCUGUUUUUAAUUGGUUGGUUGCAUUCACUUUUCGUAAAUUUUGUUUUUGGGGGAGGGGGUGGGGACUUUUUGAUACCCGUUUGUACCGUUUCGCAGACAGAUUGAGGACUGGGGAGUUGUUUGGGAUAGGCAGUGUGCUGUGGUGUACUGUUGAAUUACUACUUGCGUACCUACUUAAUGCUGGAUUUACAUAAUUAAUUGAUGAUAAUUUACCAUAAUGUGACCUAGCUACUAUAUUUUUUUUAAUAUAAUUUUGAUUUUGGUUCUAA